ACUUAUUAAAUAGAUAUUGCGAUGGAGCAGUCUGAGAAGCCGCCCGCCCGUCACGAGGCAGGUCUGCUGAAACAGCUGAACAAACUGCACAAAACGGGCAGACACAGAAGCAAGAGAUCCAUCAGUAAUGACUCCAGAGGCAAGACCAUGUACAGUGUGAAGACCAUAACUAAGCAGUCGCACAAACUGUUGGCUAAAGUGGAGAGGAGAAAUCAAGCCAAAGAGAAGAGGAAGCUUCAACGGGAGAAACAUUUAGCAGAGAAGCGAUCACGUGGUGGAACUGACGCUGCUCCUUUCACAGUGGCGAUGGUAAGUCUGACCGAAGGAGUCGACCUGCACGGUUGUCUCGACUUGCUAUUGACCGCCUACCCAAACUCACGAAUGGUCAAGUCAGGCAGCCUCCAGUAUCUUAUUCUCGAAAAUUUCCAGAAGAGAAUAUGCUUCAACCUCGUUCCAGAUUGCGAUCUGUUUGCAUUGCUUGAAAUCGCGAAAGUUGCCGACUUUUUACUACUCGUUGCGGAUGUGAAUGAAAAGUUUUCAAGGUUUGCAGAGCAUGCAUUUAGCUGUCUGUGCGCACAAGGAUUGCCAAAUGUACUGUACGCCUUAACAGGAACUGAAGAUCUGACACUGAAAAAGAAGAACGAAGCGAAAGGUCAACUGAUGAAAAUUCUUUCUAGAAGAUUUCCAAAGUUGGAGAAGGUGUACUCUUUCGACACAAAUGCAGACGCGCAGUUGGUACUGAGAGAUAUUACUAACCAGAAGGUGAAAAGAAUCAAAUUUAGAGAGUGCAGGUCGAAUAUUGUAGUUGAUAGCUUUACUCCGAGGCCGCCAGCGGAAGAAAAAGCACAGGCUCAAAAUUUGGCACUUCGAGGUAUUGUAAGUGGACGUCCUUUGUCGGCCAAUUCGCUCAUCUACUUGCCGAACUUAGGACCAUAUCAGAUAAAGUAUGUGAAGAAAUUACCCGAUCCGUACAGUGUGAAACCUUUCAAGGGUCAAAUGGAAGACGAAAUCGAUUACCCAGAUGAAAAACAGAUGCAGUUGCAGUUUGAAGCCGAAGUUGACCCAAUGGAAGGCGAACAAACGUGGCCGACAGAAGCGGAGUUGAAACAUGCUGCCAAAAGGGCGCAAGAUGGCGGCGAUGAUAAUAACAGUGAAGAUGAUGAUUUCGAAGAUUGUGAGUCGGACGUCAAUUCAUUACUUGAUCAGGGGGAUUUGGUGCCUGAAGGAGCGGAAAUCGAAAGUUCCGAUGAUGAUAACGGUAUGGAAGAUGCGUUAUCCGAGUUCGGAGGAACGUCAAUUGCUGAUGAUUCUUUCUCGAUCAUUGAUCAAGAGGCGAAGUUAGAUGACAUUGCCCGCGAAAAAGCAGCGAGAGACGAUAAACAUUUUCCCGAUGAGGUUGAUACUCCAAUGAGUGUUAUGGCAAAAGACCGCUUUCAGAAGUACCGAGGUCUUCAAAGUUUCAAACAUACACCGUGGGAUCCAAAAGAAAACUUACCAAGUGAUUUUGCGAGGAUAUUUACGUUUGAGAAUAUCGAUCGAGUAAAAAAAGCUUCCCUGCAAGUUGGCGCGGCUGUAUGGGCUGUAGGCCAGCCAGGUACUUAUGUUGAGAUUGAGUUAGUUGACGUACCCGUUAGUUACUGCAAUGACAUAGAUAAAGACAAACCAUUGAUUGUUUUUUCUCUGUUGGAGCACGAGCAGAAAAUGUCAGUUUGUAACUUUUACUUGACCAGGCAUCCGGCAUCACAAAAUGAAGUUAAAUCGAAAGACAGUUUAAUUUUUUGGACACCUUUGCGGACGUUUAGUGCACGGCCAAUUUUCUCAGAACAUACAGUUGGAAAUAAACACAAGUUCGAAAGGUUCUUUCAUCAUGGUAGCCCAGUAGUUGCGAGUGUAAUCUGUCCAAUCACGUUCGGACCCUGUCCAGUUUUGGUGUUUCAGAAUAAUCCGGAUUCAGAAGACGUUUCUACAUUGGUUGCCACUGGAACUCUCAGCAGUAUAAAUCCAUACAGAGUUGUGGUGAAACGGUCAGUGUUGAGUGGUUAUCCGUGUAAAAUCAACAAGCGAUAUGUGGUGGCCAGAUACAUGUUUCACAGUCGUGAAGAUAUUCUGUGGUUUAAACCGGUUCAAUUGAGGACUAAAUGGGGCCGAAAGGGACACAUCAUUGAGCCGCUAGGCACCCAUGGCCACAUGAAGUGCAAGUUUGACUCGCAUCUCAAGUCUCAAGAUACGAUUAUGAUGAAUCUGUACAAACGUGUCUUCCCAAAGUGCUCCUACAACCCGACAGUCGAGGAGUUUGGAAUUGACAUUCCAGAUAGUUUGAUUGCCGCAUCUGUAAAAUCAUUUGAUAUCUGACCAGAAUUCAAAUUACUAUGAA